AUUUUUUUUUUGUCUUGGACGUGAGUGUACAGUGCUUUGGUUAUAGAAAACUCAACAUUAUUCUAUGCAAGACUGCUUGUUAAAAAAAAUUGGUUUUUCUAGAAUAAGGAUAAUUAUGUAUAUUUUAGUAGUUCAUAAAUGAUGGAAAAAAAUUCUAAGUUGCUUUAAGAUAAUUAUGUUAAAGAUAAAUCUAUUGAAUAUUCAAGUUUUUUAAAUCUAAAUAUUAAAAAUAUAAAUCUGUUAAAGCAAUCUUCAAAAAAUUACUCAACUUGGAUUUGACUGAGUUAUCAAACUUGAGAAAAUGAAACCAAGAAAAUUCAAUCUACCUUACAAAGAUUUUGAAAGAGAUCUCUCUUCUGCUCUGGACAGACAAGUUGUUGUUGUAUCCUUCUUUGGAAAGUCUGCUUACAAUGCAAAAAGUUAUAAAAUGGCUCCAAUUGAUUCUUAUCUCAAGCAACAAAUAUUCAAAUCAUCAGUACUUCAUGAUCCAACUGUGAACUCAGACUUUUUGUGUGACAUAGAAGGCUAUUACGAUCCAUCAAAUUGUGUGAUUUACCUGCACCUGGUUGGCGCGUUCGAUACAUAUACCUUGACCAAACUCUACACUCAAUUCUCUGCAGAUCUUGACGAUAAGGGAUUCCUAAGUGUUUGGACUGAUUUGAAACAUCGUUACUCAAGAGCGUUACUGUUCCUGUUUUCCGUAUCUCACAUUCUAGUAUUAGUUCAUCCGACUCAUGUGUUCGAUGUCAGCUACAUACAUUUGUUCAGGUCACUUGACGCUGUGAGAUUAAAACUGCAGAAGACAGUAAUUCAAGAGAUGUUUAUAGAAUGGCAUGGUGGUCGGCUGUGUUCCCCUCGUGUUCUUUUCUAUUUUCAAAGGGCACCUUCAUUAUUUCGCAAAAGUUCGAGUGAUUCUAGUGGAGUGAAAAACUCCAGCAUUAAAAAAUUGAAACAUAGUAUAGAGGAUCAGAUUUAUCAUAUCCUGAGGAAAAGUCGAGUAGUGACAAACAUUUGUGCCAACUCUCUGUUUGCAAUACCGGCCAACCAAGAGUUUGUGUUCAUCGAGAUGGGAAACAAGGAAAACCAGGACUGGCAUUCCUAUCUUCUCGAAUCCAUGAUUGACUUGUGUCUUCAUCCAAAUCAAAGUGCAGGUGACCAAUCCAACUGCAGUCCGUCCACCUACGAAUACACGGCAGCUGGUAGGAUGGAAGGUGAUCCGAAUCCUGACUAUUCUUUUAAAAAGUUCCUGAUGCAACAUGUCAACCUAGCAUUGAAAAAAGGGUUUGACGACAAUGUUGGAAGACAUGUACCCAACUCAAAUCAUUUCGUGGUGCCGACAUUGGGCAGCUGGUUCGAAGUGGCCGACAAACUGCUGAAGCUGUACUUGGAGGGAGCAGGUGGUGGCCGGGGGGAGGGUGAGGGAGAGGCGGCAGAGGGGGAGGGUGACUGCCGACAGCAGAGUGGGGUGGAGGAGGCGAUUGAGCUGCUUCACUCGCAGCUGGAUACAGACGUGGCGUUCAGCAAGGCGCGAUGCAGCAAGGUGCUACCACUGGCCACCGCCACCUAUCAGGAGAACCUACCUGCCCACUACACGCGCGAGUACCAUCUCACCAAGGUGGCCCAUGCACUGUCGGUGUUCGGCAUCCAUGCGCGAGGUCCACUGGUCGACAGCUACGUGACUCGGCUGGAGAAGGAGUGCGAGAAGCACUGGAAGAAUGGCCGCCAGAUGUGUGAGGUGCUCAGCCUCACUGGCAAUCCCUGCACCAAUCCCCUGCAUAGGAGCGCCACUGGCGACUCCGUCAAUCUGGAUGCCGAAAACAGAUCGGACCUGCCAGUGAUGGAGCACUCUAGCGGCGUGCGAUACGUGUCCGCAUGCGACUGCGGCCGACGACAAGGGCCGCGCGACGACCCGUUCACAGUGAGGGCGGCCAACUGCGACUUCUACACUCAGCUGGGCGACGACUGCCAGUGUGGGUCGGCCCUCGAACGCAUCCACUUCCCCGUCUUCCAGCCCAGCACCACCGACUACAAAGCAGCUCAACUGUUUUCCAAAACUGGCUGCUCGGUGUCUCGUAAAGAAAGCCGAGUGUCUUCACUCAAGGACGGCACACAGCAGGGCAACACCCAAGUAUUGAGUUUGGCGUUUGUGUCGGGCCAAUCAGGCGGAGUGGAGAGUAGCGACAUGCUUCUGGAGGCCGCUGCCAAACACUCCGCGUCGCACAACAUCGUCAUCCGCGUCUCCGACUCUGACUCUGAAAACAGCAAAGAGAAGGGCGGCCUAGUGAGGCAGCCGAGCACGACCGAAUACCUGCCGGGUAUGCUGCACUCUCUGUCGCCGGCCAGCCUGCUGCCGCAGUUCCCGUCCUGGUCGCUGGUCUGCCUCGGCCCCUCCAGUCUCUACUCGCACAACCUCGGCCUGCAGGAGCACUCUGGUCUACUCAAUGGCUCUGCCUACCUGCUGCCCUGGGACGUUACUGUCAAGCUGGAGCACUCCUUCUGGCCUGCGCCAGCCCCGCUCCACUCGCACAAGGGCGUCGUGCCGCUCUCCAAGGGACGCAAGUCCAAGGCGACCAAAGAUUUAACCGAGUUUUCGGUGAAGAUAUUCGUUGGCGUGGAGUACGAGUGUCCUAGGGGGCAUCGCUUCAUGUGCUCGGGUCCGGACAAAGUGCUGAAGACGUCUGGAGGCGGUCUGGUCAAAGAUAACGGCAACAAGGUCACUGGCUGUGAUAUGCCGCUCUACUUUCCUUGUCCAUGCAGACCGACGAAGCCGCCAAUAGCCCAGCUGAUGCGAGUCCACGUGGUAACACCGAAGGCACCCGUCCACGUGACCUUGCAGCCACGUGUACAGCCCGCACCGCCCCCCUGUCCCGUCUUCGUCACCGGCUGUCAGCAGCCAAUCAAAUUGUCACAGAGCGCCUACUGGGUUUUACGGCUGCCAUAUGUAUAUCACGGCGAGAGAGGUCCGUACUUGCCGCCCAAAGACGCAACCUCACAGAACUAUGGUCGAUUAUUGAAUGGAAUGUAUGGUAUCUCAGAAGUAAUUGAGGGUAAAUAGGCCUACGCCUACCCUUUUACUAGAUCAAGUCAUCAAUUUUUAUAAAAUAAAAUGUUAUUUUAAAAAUU